GAACAAUAGAAAAACGAUUAUUAUUCGCAAUUGUUCCUUCAACGAGGCGAGUAAGCGUAGAGUAAUUGGUGGAGGUCGCACACGACUUGAGCGGAUCAAAGCAAAGGAAUUUUACACACACACACACAUAUAUACGCAUAUAUAUUUUUAAUAAACUAUGGCUUCAAUGCGGUAUUUGGUCCUCGUGGCGUUAUUAGGUUUCGCCUCUAUGGCGAAUGCAGCGAGAGUAGUACGGCCAACAAAUAUGCAGGGCAUGAUCGCCGAAGAGAAUGCCAAGUGUGAGAGUGGUGAAGAUUCGAUGGCUUGCAUCAAAGUGCGCGCAAUGCGCUUCCUCGAUACAGUGAUCAAUAAUGAUAAUUAUAAACUUGGCGAUGUUGAGGUACACUCUAACGGUUAUCAGCCCGCAGCCGUUGAUGCCACUAGCGCACGCUCCAAUAACGCAGAAGAAGAACGUGAUCUAUUCGAUGCUGUUGGUGAUUAUCUGCAGGGACACGAUAUUACCAUGGACUUGCCUUUGGGUGAUGCCAAGGUCACCGUCUCAUCACGCAAUUUGGCCAACGAUGAGUUGAGCCUUAAUGUGAAAUUGGCCGGUGAUGAUGGUGUAGUUGAGGGCAAGGGUAAGAAGGGCAACUUCUUCAAGAAGGGCAAGAAACAUCGUUUGCGUAAAAUGAUUAUGCCAUUGAUGGUAUUGAUCCUAUUGAAGGCGAUGACUGUGAUUCCAAUGGCAAUUGGUAUAUUGAAGAUUAAGGCAUUUAAUGCGUUGGCGUUGGGCUUCUUCUCGUUCAUUGUAUCGGUUGGUUUGGCCAUUUUCCAAUUGUGCAAGAAGAUCGCCGCUGAACACCAUUCUGCCCACAUUACCGCCCACGGUCCAUGGGAUGGCCGAUCUGUUGGCGCUGUUCCGGCCGCCGUCGUUAACCCGGCUUACCAACUAAAUGAGGAAGCACAAAGUUUGGCCUACAAUGCUUAUGCAUAAGACAAUGGUAUUAUAUACACACAUACAUAUAAGUAGGUGCUUUUGCAUUGCACAUAUGUAUAAACCAAAAAUGAAAGAAGCUAAAGGAGAAAGUAGAAAUUUUUAAUAAUUAAACCAAAAAUAGAUAACAAAAAACGAAUAGGCAAACGAAAACGAAAGUCCCUAAACAAAGGCGUAACUAAGCAAGAA